AUGAAUAAAAAUAAAUGGAAACUAAAAUAUGCCUUAAGGUCAUACUUGAGUCCAGAACAUAUGAUAUUUUCUGCCCUAAAAAUUUUACCUAUACAAUGCUAUAUUAGUAUUUUUUUAAUUAGCAAUAUUUCUGAGCUACUGGAAGAUCACGAGCCUACAUACCAGCUUGCAGGUCCAUAUCUUAAAGAUUGGAUCAUUAUUAACGACGAUUGCAGCUUGCAGGAUUAUUUAAAAUAUACUAAAAAACCUAUAAUUUAUGUUACAUAUCCUAGUAUUUUUUAUUUAGGUACACCAACGAUAGUUAGGCUGCAAACGUAUAACUUAUCAUCUUUUAAUAAAGACAAAAAAUGAGAAAAAAGAGUCGAAAUGCUUGCAAAGCAAAUAAAAAUAGCAAAUCCUGAUAUUAUCGGAAUUCAAGAAGCUAGAUAUGAUCCCUAUUAUGGGCUUUGUACCUUUAAUCGGUGCUUAAAUAGAUUUAUUGAUAAUAUUAGCUGUGAGAAAAAUGGAGGAAAAGAUAUGAUGAAAGAUUUAUUAGCUAAACUUCCAGAAUAUCCUUAUUCGCACUGACUAGAAGUAAUGCAUUUUAGUAAUGGAAUUAUUGAUGGAAUUGGCAUUAUUUCGAGAUUCCCUAUUAUUGAUAUAAAAUCUAAAAAAUUAUCAAAAACAAAAGAAGAUAAAAAUAUUAGAGCAUGCUUAAGAGCUGCUAUUAGCCACCCAAACAAGAAAAUAAAUGUGUAUAAUACCCAAUUAACCUAUGAUGAUAAAGGCCAAGCUAAACAAUUAUGUGAUAUAAUAAGAUUUAUUGACUCAGAAGACGAUGGAGAAACCCUACAAAUAUUGAUGGGCGACAUGAAUUUUAAAAGGGGCACAGGAACUUUAGAAGGAAAAAACAAAGGAGAUAAGAAUCUUAAGGAUGCUUGGAUCACUUUGGAAGGAGAAAAUGAUGGGAAUACAUACCCAAGCUGAAAUCCUAAAGAGAGAAUGGAUAGGAUUUUAUAUAGAAAUACAGAAGAUCCGCUGCUUUGUGAACUGUGUGGAUAUGCUGAAAAUGAAUUUGAUUGGCCUUCAGAUCACUGCUCACUAUAUGCUGAUUUUCUAAUUUCAUUGUAA